CUUCUUCCCCAUCUAUCUUCUUCUUCAUUCUUCAAAAUCCCAAAUCCCAAAUCCUCUGUUUUCCCUCUGUUUUUAUCCCAAAUGACCAACCAGAAAGCUUCCCUUCCCAAAUUCAAAUCACGAAUCGGUGUAGCCUUUACAGUCGCUAGAAUUGGGGGAUUUAUGGCUAACAUUUCUAAAAAGAAGCUUUUCAAGAGAACCGAAAAUGGGGGAAACGGUGGCGGAGGUUUAGGCCGAGGCAGAGCCAUUGCUUCCUCUGUUGAUUUGAUGAGAGCUUCUUCUCCCACUCGUCUUAACUCUCAUAUCUCUGUUUCUCAAUCCCCUUGGAUUUUUCAACUUCCUUCUGCGCUCAACAUGUUCGACCAAAUUACAACUGCCUCUAAAGGCAAACAAAUCGUCAUGUUUUUGGAUUAUGAUGGCACUCUUUCCCCUAUCGUUGAAGAUCCGGAUAGAGCAUUCAUGACAAAUGAGAUGAGAGCAGCAGUGAAAAACAUUGCAACUUGUUUUCCAACAGCCAUAGUGACUGGAAGACGUAGAGAUAAGGUUUAUGAGUUCGUUGGGUUGGGAGAGUUGUUCUACGCAGGGAGUCAUGGAAUGGACAUACAAGGCCCAACAAAAGGCUACAAUAAUAAAUACAAAAAAGGCAAUGAAGCAGUGCUUUUCCAACCGGCAAGUGAGCUGCUGCCUAUGAUUGACGAGGUACACAAAACGUUGUCAGAAAUAACAAAGUCCAUUAAUGGAGCUAAAGUGGAAAACAACAAGUUUUGUAUUUCUGUGCAUUUUCGCUGCGUCGAUGAAAAGAGAUGGGGUGCAUUAGCUGAGCAAGUAAAAUCGGUGGUUAAUCAAUACCCUAAAUUGAUUAUGAGCUUAGGAAGAAAGGUACUUGAGAUUCGGCCAGCAAUUAAAUGGGACAAAGGCAAAGCUUUGGAAUUUUUGCUUGAGUCAUUAGGGUUUGCAAAUUCUAGUGAUGUUUUACCGGUUUAUAUCGGAGAUGAUCGAACCGAUGAAGAUGCAUUUAAGGUUUUGCAGAGUAAAGGAUUAGGAUUUGGAAUUCUUGUGUCAAAAUUUCCCAAGGAAACCUGUGCUUCUUAUUCAUUGCAAGAACCAUCCGAGGUAGAGGAGUUUCUUUGUCGUCUUGUAAAUUGGAAAAGAUCAAUGGGAACAUUAUUAUCCAAAUCCACAUUAUCGGAUUAAUUAAUUAACAAAUAGAAGGAGAAUUUAAAUGAAUUUUAAAUUCACUCAAAGAGUGAAUUUUAAUAUAUUUUUAUUUUCCAAUCAAAUUGUCUUCUUAUGUUUGAGUUUUAAUUUGUAGCCCCAUUUGUGUUAAUUGAAUAUCAAUUAUCUCUCUAUAAUAUUUAUAAUGAGAGAAUAUUUAAACACUCUCGUAAUUCAUUUGGUAUUACUAGAGAAAAUAUAUAUGUAUGUUCUAUGUGACCCUUGAUCUACCUUUGAGCUAAUGCUCUUUCCUUUAGUUAUGAAUAUGCUUUGAGUUUGGCUCUCAAAUGUAAUGUUCAACAAGAAGAAAAGAAACUGUACGUCUUUCAUUUUGUGAUA